UGAAAAUUUUAUACUUUUAUAAAAGUGUGCACUAAAAUUAAAAUAUUUAUUACUUCACAAACAGCUGCACGAAAACAUGGAACGUUGUUUAACUUUUAUCACUGGAUUCAUUUGUGUAAUUUGUGUUUCUGGUCAGACAACACAGGCAGCUUGCUGGGAUUCAACGUGGUACAAUGACUCUGGUAUCCUAGCAAACAGAUCAACUUAUGAACACCAGUCGGUAAAUGUAUUAGAUGCCAUUUGCUCCAAUGGACCAGUGAUUGCUGCGCAGUGUAAAGACGAAAAAGGAGAAUCAUUUCAGGUGACCAAGAACGACUCUGUCAGCCACUUCUACGCAACAUGUUCUCCCGUCAACGGACUUAUGUGCCAGCCUUAUAAUAAUUCGCAAAACGCAACAUGUCCCGACUUCGCAAUACAAUAUGGCUGUAACUGCCCAACAGCAACAACAAGAGGAGUAAGCACUGUGAGUACGCAAGGAGCAAAGAAUCAAUCAGUUUCCUCUGGUGCCGGAAACACUGCAACCACACAAGGAGUAGUCCUUCAUAGUACAAAGAGUGUAGGGACUUUGAAAGGAUCUGGUGGUGGAAUCACAACUCUAAAAACCGGAAACGGAAAUGGAGUGCCUGGUUAUACAAAUGGCGGCAGCGGUAAUACUGGUUUGCAGACUACCGGAAGUGGAGCAGGACCGAGUGCGUCUGGUCAGCAAAAUGGUCAUUGCAGAAACGAUGGUCAGCAUUACGGAGCCAGCCAUUUAGUGCUGCUGUUAUGCACCAUAACUUUAAAAGUUCUUUUUUAACUUUACGAUUUGCGCUGUCAACACUGCGUCUGUUGGAACGGUAUUACUACAUGCUAAAGGUAAAAUUGUACAGAACAAAAAACGUGUAUGUAAGAAGCAGAAGUUUUGAUUAAUCCAAU